UUCUUCCCCCUCCCCCGCCGCUGAACUUUUCUCUCCUCUUCCACACUCUUCAGUAUCCCUCUCCCAUCCAAAUCCCUCUCCCGUACUUAAAGUAAGGCUUCCCCCCGUUCGUCCUUUCCCCUGAUUCCUCAUACUAGAUACCCCAUCAUCCACUCUCUCUUUGUCCUUGCCGCUUUUAAACUAACAGCUACCCCGCCAUCUCUCAGACUACCAUCACAAUGGCCACCAAGGUUGGAAUCAACGGCUUCGGUCGUAUUGGACGUAUUGUCUUCCGUAACGCCGUCUCUCGCGACGACGUUGAGGUUGUUGCCGUCAACGAUCCCUUCAUCGAGACCCACUAUGCUGCCUACAUGCUCAAGUACGACAGCACCCACGGCAAGUUCCAGGGUACCGUCGAGACCUACGACCAGGGCCUCAUCGUCAACGGCAAGAAGGUUCAGUUCUUCGCCGAGAAGGACCCCGCUGCCAUCCCCUGGGGCAAGGCCGGUGCCGACUACAUCGUCGAGUCCACCGGUGUCUUCACCACCAACGAGAAGGCCGCCGCUCACUUGAAGGGUGGUGCCAAGAAGGUUGUCAUCUCCGCUCCUUCCGCCGACGCCCCCAUGUUCGUCAUGGGUGUCAACCACGAGAGCUACAAGACCGACAUCAACGUCCUCUCCAACGCCUCUUGCACCACCAACUGCCUGGCUCCCCUCGCCAAGGUCAUCAACGACCAGUUCGGUAUCGUUGAGGGUCUCAUGACCACCGUCCACUCCUACACCGCCACCCAGAAGGUUGUCGACGCUCCCUCCGCCAAGGACUGGAGAGGUGGCCGUACCGCCGCUCAGAACAUCAUCCCCAGCUCCACUGGUGCUGCCAAGGCUGUCGGCAAGGUCAUCCCCUCCCUCAACGGCAAGCUCACCGGUAUGGCCAUGCGUGUGCCUACCUCCAACGUCUCCGUUGUCGACCUGACCUGCCGUACCGAGAAGUCCGUCACCUACGAGGACAUCAAGAAGGCCAUCAAGGCUGCCUCCGAGGGCGAGCUCAAGGGCAUUCUCGGCUACACCGAGGACGACAUCGUCUCUUCCGACCUGAACGGUGAUGACCACUCCUCCAUCUUCGAUGCCAAGGCCGGUAUCGCCCUCAACGACCACUUCAUCAAGCUGGUUUCGUGGUACGACAACGAGUGGGGUUACUCCCGCCGUGUCGUUGACCUCAUCACCUACAUCUCCAAGGUCGACGGCCAGUAGGAAUCAGGACGGAUCGUGGGGACGAAGAGUCUCCUUUAAACUGCCUGGUUGUGCACUGAUUCAAUGCUUGUCGCCGGCUCUCCCAGCUGCCGUAGGAUGAGGCCCCUGUUGACAGGGUGGGAAGGAUUGGAGACAAGCAUAAAAUGCAUAUGAUAACGUACUAUGUAAUGAAAUGAUACAACGUUGAUAUUUGAUGCACUUUGUCC